AUGGAUGCCAUCUCUUUCGUCCUCGGCGUGAAAUCUGCUCAUCUCCGUGGUUCGAACAUUAGAGAUCUCAUUUAUCGUGGCAGGAGAGUGGGCUUGGAAGACGGCGAUCAGGUUGAUCAGACUCAGGAAGGUCAGAGCGAUUACUAUUCUGCUCAAAAAGCCUCCGUUUUGGCUCAAUACACGAGCACUUCUGGACGCGAACUCAAGUUUGAGAGAACUAUAACAAUCUCUGGUUCUUCAGAAUACAGGCUCAACGGCAGAGCUAUCAGUUAUGCAGACUACAAUCAAGCACUCGUUAAAGAGAACAUCCUCGUAAAGUCAAAGAACUUUCUAGUCUUCCAGGGAGACGUUGAGGCAGUCGCGACGCAGUCAUCUUCGCAGUUGUCGAAACUCAUUGAUCAAAUAUCAGGCUCGAUAGAGUUCAAAGAGCGUUAUGAAGAGACUAGGGGUGCCCAGGAGCGUGCAAACGAAACAUCUGUUGCUCAAGGUUUGAAGAGACGCGUUUUGAAUGGUGAAAUUAAACAAUUUAAGGAGCAAACAUCUGAGCUCAAGCGUUUCGAGGAUAUGAAGGACAACAGGAACAACUUGAUAAUUAGGCUACUGUUGAUGAAAUUAUACCACAUAGAAGCACAAAUAACCACUAAUACCGAUGCCAUCACCUCUAAGCGAGAUCAUUUGCAAGAUCUACAACAACAACAAGAUGGAGCCAAAAGAGAGCUUAAAAGAGCUUCAAAAGAAAAAGCGGAAGCUCACAAUAAGACAAUCAAAUGCGAAAACACCAUCAAAUCUAGCCAGCGUGACAUCGAUAACAAGACUCCAAACAUUGUUGCCCUUGAUGCUCGAAUCAGUCAUGCUCGUACAAAGCUUAGAACAUCAGAAACAAAUGCCUCCCGUCUCCAAGCUGAAGUAGAAGAAUUGCAGGAGUGUGUAAAUAGGUACAAGGUAGAUGUGGAUAAGAUUGAAAAGGCUGCCGGUCGUGCACAAGCCGAAGCUAGAAAACUAAGCGAACAGCGCGGUGUUAAUUUAUCUGAUGAGGAUUUGAAUGAGUACAGGCAGCUGAAAUUGCAGGCAAUGUCACUCGCACCAGAAGCUCGUCAGCAAGUUGAGGAGCUUGGACGUAAUGAAAAAACGUCAAAGUCUUCGUUGAAUGCAGCCAAAUCACGUCUCAGUGAAGCCGAAGCUAAGCAUGAGAAACUAAAGCUUGAUGAACGCCGAAAUGCUGCUAAUGUGGAAGAUACUCGAGAUGGAUUUCAGACUGCUCAAAGCAAUUUGCAAGAAGCCAAGCAAAGGUAUGACAAUUUACUUAAUGAGAGGAACAAGAUUGGUCAACUCGAAACUGAAAAGAAUGAAAAGUUGCACGCACUUCUCGGUCAACUUUCCAGCGCUAGCCACGAUCUCAGACAGACAGAACGCGAUAACAAAUUCAAAGACGUACUCAUGACCCUGAAAAGGAUGUUUCCAGGUGUUAGAGGAAAAUUGGUAGAUUUAUGUCAACCAACUCAGUCAAAAUACUCCACGGCUGUUGUGACGGCAUUAGGAAGGAACGUAGAAUCAAUAGUUGUUGACGAUGAAGCUACCGCUAUUCAAUGUAUCGAGUACAUGAAGGCUCAAAGAGUUGGAAGCGCUACAUACCUUCCACUAGACUCUCUUCAAGUCAAGCCAGUACAAGAGCGACUCAGAACUUUGUCAUCUGGGGCGAGAUUGACAGUGGACGUCUUGAAGUAUGACAACAUUUACGAGAAGGCUGUUCAUUUUGCAGCAGGUAGCUCUCUCAUUUGCGACGAUAUGACCAUUGCGAGAGAUUUGGUUUACGACAAACAUCAAGAUGUUAAGGCAGUCACCCUGGAUGGCACGAUUAUUCAUAGGUCAGGUCUGAUAACAGGUGGUCAGGGCGCUAGAGAUUCUGGUAAACGGUUUGACCAAGCUCAAUACGACCAAAUGAUGCGCAGGAGAGAUGAACUUGUAAUCCAGCUGAAGGCAUUGAGGAAUAAGCGUCCUCAGCCUAAAGUGGACGAGGAACUUGUGCAGAACGUCAGGAAAUGUGAAAAUGAUGAGCACAACUCUAAAGACAGCUUUGAUGGAGGUGUUAGUCGUUUAGAUGGUACUCAAAAGGAAUUAAAAGUUGCUGAACUCAAUCAUUCAGAAAAGUCAAUGGAGUUGGACACUAUGCGUUCUUCAUACGAUGCACUCAAACGUGAACUGGAUGAUGUACUCGCUAUAGUCCAUAGAGCUGAAGAUGGAGUGUUUGAGCCGUUCUGUGCAAGAAUUGGAAUAGAGAACAUUCGUGAAUACGAAGACCGAGAAGGUCGUGUGGCCGCUGCAGAAAGCGAGGCUAGAGUAAAAUUCGAAACGCAAAUAGCCAAGCUCAACAAUCUGCUCCGCUUUGAAGAAGAACAGCUCAAGACGUCUAGCACGCGUCUUGAACGUCUUCAAAAUAAGCUGGAUAGUGAUAGGCAGAAUCUUGCGACAUUUGAAAGUGAGAAGAGAUCGCUCCAAGAGAUAGUAGAUGAGAUCAAAAACACAAUCGCCACAAAUGAAGCUCUUCUCAAUGAACUGAGAGAGAGUGAGCAGAGUAUUGCAGAAAACGUUGACAGUGUCAGGCGUAACUCACAUAAGGCAGAGCGCCAAUAUGACGGUGCUUUUAAAGACAUUGCAAACAAUAACGACAACAUUAGGAUGCUGGCAAGUGAACGGUUCUCCAUCUACCGUAAAUGUAAAGUAGACGAAUUGCCACUGGAUCUUGUCGCUGGUAGCUUGGAUGAUGUACCAUUGGAUGCUGACUUGAAGGAGAUUGAGCCAAUGGAUGUCGACGAUGACGAAGAUGCUACGCAGCGUGCAGUCCAGAUCGAAGACUAUGGCAUCGAAGUCAAUUUCGAUGGUGUAGAGGACGAGGACGAAUUGACAGAGGAAGCUGAGUUAAAGUACCAACAAGAAAUUGCUCAGAUGAGUGAGGAAAUUGAUAGAAUGGCUCCCAACCUCAAAGCCAGUGAUCGUUUAUCUGAUAUGAAAAAGAGGCUAAGUGAAACUGAGAAAGUAUUUGAACAUGCUCGAAAAGAAACAAAGCAAGCUAGAGAUGCAUACCAAGACGCGAAAGCUUCCCGACAAGAGUUAUUCAUGCAGGCUUUCGAUCAUCUAAGCAGUAGUAUAGAUGUCGUCUACAAGGAAUUGACCACUUCGCGUGCCAAUCCAACUGGUGGUACUGCAUAUUUGUCGCUAGAAGAUGAAGACGAACCAUAUAAUGCUGGUUUGAAGUAUCAUGCGAUGCCACCAGGCAAACCAUUUAGAGAUAUGUACCAGCUAUCCGGUGGUGAGAAGACAAUUGCAGCAAUGGCUCUGCUUUUCGCCAUACAGACGUACAAACCGUCUCCGUUCUUUGUUCUUGACGAGGUUGACUCUGCGCUAGACAAUCAAAACGCCGCCCAAAUAGCCAAGUAUCUCCGAAACCAUCUGCGAGAAUCACAGUAUAUUUUCAUUACACACUCUUCUAGAGUGUAUGAGAGAGCUGAUGCUUUGGUUGGUGUGUUUAGGAAUGGUGACAUCAAUUCUAGUCAAGUUCUCACCCUUGAUCUUACUCAGUACGAUGAGCCUUAA